CUGUUCGAACCUGCACGGCAGCAUGGAGCGAGUCGCAGCAUCCAUCGUCUUCGCUUUCGUCCUCCUCCUCCUUCCCUCGGGAAGCCUGGAAGGCAGCAGCACCGCCGCCAGCUGCCCCGACACUGCUCCCUCCCGCUUAACUCUGACGACUACACCGUGCGGACGUUCGAGCUCUGUCUCAACGAGUCGAACCUGGCUCAAUCUGGUAUGGAACAACUUCCUGAGCUUCAUGAUGGGAAACACGGGUCUGGCGAGACAGAGCGACCUGAUCUACGGCGGGUCUCCGGCCACCAUCACGGAAGCCCCCUUCAUGGCCCACGUCGAUGCGCAGUUCCCCAGCGGCAAGGUUGGUGGCUGCAGUGCUUCUAUCAUCAGCGAGUACAGGAUCCUCACUGCCGCUCACUGUGUCGUCGACGAAAAC